GUAACACCUUACAGACACCGUAUUGUAUUAAAAUGACCGAAAGCAACAGUGAGACUACUAAAGCGUUUUUUAUGUUCGAAUAAAAGUCUCUGCUGAGCAGAUUCACUCCGAAAACCUUUUGAACCUAAACUACGAAGAAAACAUGAACCCAAAACAAAAAUAACAGCUCAUUAGAAAGUAAAAGACUGCAAUAACUCUGGGUCCCCUGCGUGUUAUCUUAAUCCCUGCCUCAAUCCCACAGCCGCUCUUUAUGAGCGUGGUCGAGUGAGUCACUCAGCUCCUCAUCAAACAAAAAGCUGCUCUAUUGGCGGCCACCAUCAGCCAGCCGUCCUAUAAUCCGGCACAGUUACAUAAAACAGGCCUCCAACCCCAACGUCACACGGAGAGGUAACUAUACGCGAAGCUUGGCAGUCUUUUUUGUGUGGCUCUUUGGCUUCUCCUGGACGCAGAAGGAGCAGGUGUUUCUAGGUGUCAUGAUUGUGUUAGUAGACUUGUUGCUGAUGCUAAUCGACCUAACCGGUUCUAUUCUGAGCGCCAUCCUGCAAACUUUCCUCCGGCCGAGGCUUAAAUGCAUCGAUGGGGAGCUGUGUCUGAUCACGGGAGCCGGGGGCGCGCUGGGUCGCCUGUUCGCCCUGGAGUUUGCCAAAGAGGGGGCGCACCUGGUGUUGUGGGACUGCAACGGGGCUGCCAACGAGCAGACUGCCAGGCUGGUGCGGGAACUGGGCGUCCGGGUGCACACCUACACGGUGGACCUGUCCAAGCGUCAGAGCAUUUACGAGACGGCCAACAGGGUGAGAGCUGAGGUCGGGCAUGUCUCCAUACUGGUCAACAACGCAGGCGUAGUGGCUGGACGGAGGCUGCUGGACUGUCCGGACGAGCUUUUGGAGAGGACUCUGCUGGUGAACUGCCACGCGCUUUUCUGGAUGACGAAGGCGUUCCUGCCUCGGAUGAAAGAACAAAACCACGGCCACAUCGUGACCAUCGCCAGUGCACUUGGACUGUUCAGCACCGCCUGUGUUGAGGAUUACUGUGCUAGUAAAUUUGGAGCUGUUGGAUUCCACGAGUCACUGACACAUGAGUUGAUAGCAGAAGACCUGAAUGGCAUCAAAACCACUUUAGUGUGUCCUUAUAUUGUAGACACAGGGAUGUUCGCAGGCUGUGAAAUCAGGAAAGAGCUUCGCAGCAUAAUUCCACCCCUUGAGCCUCUCUACACUGUGCAGCAGUCUAUGAAAGCCAUCCUAGCAGAACAGCAGAUGAUCUGCAUUCCUCGUCUUAUGUACAUCCCCUUUCUUGCAAGAGCCUUACUACCUUGGGAGGCAAAUGUUGCCACGUAUCGCUUCAUGGGAGGUGACAAGUGCAUGCUACCAUUCAUCAAGAACAUUGAAAUGAAGACCUCCAACGGCCAUACCAAAUUGUGCUAAUGUUCCUGAAGGCGCCUUUAUAACAUUCUGUGUAAAUCUGCGACACUCAGUGAGGACCUUUGUAAUGCCGACAGCACAGAUCUUCUUCUCGACUGGUCCAGACACCUUCUGAACCUCUGGAAUAACUAUUUUCUCCAGCACCAUACCAAACAUUCUGCAACACAAAGUCAGUGAAUUUAAUAAACUUUUAAACUGGUCUUUGGUUUUGGCAUUAAAUUACAGCUACCGAUAACUACUGGACUCUGUUUUGGCAUAGGUGUUACUUAUAGAUCCGAGAAAAUUGUGCAUCUUUGCAGCAAGUCUGAAAGCCAUCAAAUUAAAACAGGUUGGCAGCUUAUCAACAGAACUUGUUGCUUCAUUUGUGGAACUGAAGGAUUAAACAUUUUAUGGAGA